AUGCGCCACAGUCUUUACUUUAACCCACUUUUACAACCCAGACUAAGGUUACCUGCUCCUGAAACCUUCAACUCUUCUACUUCUGAUCAGUUCCAAGUGACUCAAAGAAGACCUCAUCAUGGUGUCAAUGGGAAUACAGAUGCUGGGCCUUGCCCUGGCGAUCCUCGGUUUCCUGGGGACCAUCAUUGUGUGUGCCCUGCCAAUGUGGAAGGUCACAGUCUUAAUUGGAGUAAAUAUUGUGGCAGUGCAGGUCAUCUGGGAAGGCUUGUGGAUGAACUGUGUGACGCAGAGCACAGGACAGAUGCAGUGCAAGAUCUAUGAUUCUCUGCUUGCUCUACCCCAGGACCUUCAGGCUGCCAGAGCGCUUGUGGUCAUCGCCAUCAUCGUUGCUGUCUUUGGGGUCAUCAUGGGCAUUGCGGGAGGCAAGUGUACCAACUUUGUGGAGGAUCCAAGUGCCAAAGCAAAGGUGGCCAUUGCUGCUGGAAUUGUCUUCAUUUGUGCCGGUGUUCUCAUCCUCAUCCCCGUCUGCUGGUCUGCCAACACCAUCCACAGGGAUUUCCACAACCCCCCCUCGACCAAUCCCCCGAGGACAGAGCUGGGGGCUGCACUUUACAUUGGCUGGGGCACAGCUGGGCUUCUCAUCCUGGGUGGUGCCCUCCUCUGCAGCUCCUGUCCACCCAAAGAGAGCCCAGAGUAUCCAGUCAAGUACUCCGGUGCCAGGUCCAAUGCCACCAGCCGAGACAAUGUCUGACACCAUUCAAAUCAUUUUACUUUUCCUUUUUUUGUCAGUUUUUCAUAGCACCAGAAGUUGUGUUUGUAUUUUUUUCUUUUUAAACUGCUCUGGCAAGGAAAAGUUAUCUUUGUAUCAAACCUAAUUUUCCUCUGAUUGUUUGGAAUGAACUGAUACAUUGUGAAUUAAUUGUAUAAAACAUUUAACAAAUAUCUUUCAAUAAAACAAUUUUAGAAACGAUA